CUGGGGAGAGGCAAAAAAACGGCUUUAUAAACCUCCAAGCUCUCCGUCAGCAAGUCCCAACAAGAGUGCUGAAAUUACAGCCUUUCCGACAGAGGAAGACAGAGACGGGCCAGUUGGCUCCAGGGGAGAAGAAGUGGUGGCAACUGGAGGGGAGAUUGGGAUCUCCCGGGCCUGACGCUGCCUUUGGCCCCCUUCUCCCCCACCCUCUUCCAAGCGUGGCCACAUUCCGGAGAGGUCCCGAGGCCUCUGGCUUUUGACAGCUUCUCAACCAGCCGGCUGAAAGCCAGCGUUCCUGAAUCGAAGCCGGAAGGCUCGGCAACCUUCUCCCCGGGUGAGGGGCACGGGGUUGCUCGGAUCCCGUGCCAAGGGCGAGUUUGGAUAGACGCAGCAUCCGGACACAUGGGCAACCUCAGCGGUGCCAGGCAGCCUCUGAGAAGCGUGAGUCUCUGUCCCUUUUGGAAGCUGGCUGCCUGAAAGCUGAGCCGGUUCAAACGGCUGGGUCCAGAAAGAGGACGCUGAAGCGUAUAUUUAGAGCGAUUCCGCUAGACGGCUGCCCGGUGGCAGGAGGGGGAGGCCGAGGAGGACGGAGAAGAUAUUGAGAAGGAACUUCCAAGAUCUCCCUGGCUGGACAGUGGGGAGUUUGGGCCCUGAGUUGCCAGCAGAAGCCAAAAAGAUGAGAGGAAAGAACGCGCUGGAGCCAAGAAGCUGCAGCAGCGAAGAGGGCUUCCUGGGGGCAACUGGGGGCCUUGGCUCGCGGCGGGCCGUGGGCUGGCUCUUCCUUCUCCUCUUGGCCCUAGAGCAGCUUUGCUCUGUCUUGGCCUUCUCCACUUGCAAGACGCUGGACAUGGACCUGAUGAAACGGAAGCGGAUUGAGGCCAUCCGGGGCCAGAUCUUGAGCAAACUCAAGCUCCCGAAGCCCCCCGAAGCGGAAGACCCCGAGUCGCGGGUCCUGUCAGAAGAGAUCAUGGCCCUCUACAACAGCACCUUGGAGAUCAUCCGGGAAAUGGCAGCAGAGGAGCCCCAGGAGACCUUGCAAGAAGAAUACUACGCCAAGGAGGUGCACCGGUUCACGAUGCUCCCCACUGACCACGAAAGCUACGGGGAAGAGUACAAAAAGGAUAACCAAAACAUCUACUUUGGAUUUGACGUCUCACCAAUCCGGCUUACCCUUCCGGAUCCCAACCUGCUGUACCGCGCAGAGCUGAGGAUGCGUGCCUCUGGAACUGGGCAGGAGCAGCGGCUGGAGCUUUACCAGCAAAAAUACCAUUCAAGGAACGACUCCUCAUGGUACUACCUGCAAGGGCAGGCGGUGAAGGUGAAGAGUGAAAAGGAGUGGCUGUCGUUUGACGUCACCAAUGUCCUUCGGGUCUGGCUGGCAAGUACAGACAUUCUGGGAAGAUUUCGACUCAGUACUCAUUGUUCCUGUGACAGUAAACGGGAGGAUUUAAAAGUGGAAAUCGAAGGCAUUGUAACCAAAAGAGGGGAUCAGGGGCAGAUCAGCCGGGAUAAGCAGCAGCGGCCCUACCUGCUGAUCAUGGCGAUGACCCCGGAACGGGUCGAUUCCCACAACCAUAAGCGGAGGAAACGGUCCACCCUGGAUGCAGAUUUCUGCAGCAGUCAAUCACCAGAAGAGAAGAACUGCUGCGUUCGGCGUCUGUACAUUGACUUCCGGAAAGAUUUGAAAUGGAAGUGGAUCCAUGAACCCAAAGGCUACUAUGCCAAUUUCUGUAUGGGCCCUUGCCCCUACCUCUGGAGCUCGGACACUCAGUAUAGCAAGGUCCUCGCCCUGUAUAACCAGCACAAUCCCUCGGCCUCAGCCGCACCCUGCUGCGUCCCGGACGAGCUUCAGCCGCUGGGCAUCCUUUACUACGUGGGUCGGCAAGCCAAAGUAGAACAGCUGUCCAACAUGAUUGUCAAAUCGUGCCGGUGUAGCUGAGGACAAGGACUGGUGGACUUGGGAAAGCCAUUCGGGUCAGGUUGGAAUGUCUGAAAGAUCCACACGGGGAAGAUGGGUCAGGACUGCGAGGAAGCAGACUUCUUUUCCCCCUCUGCUAAAACCUCGUGCCUUUUUUUUUUAUUAUUAAAAAAGAAGGUUCUUUUUUGCCUUUUUCUUUUUUUUUAAAAAAGCAACGUAUUGUUAUUAUUAUUGUUAUUAUUAUUUUAUUUUGUAAAUUUAUGGUUUUGGUGGGUUGGAACCCUUGGAUUCUUUUUUAAUUGUUUUGCUCCGGUUGGCAAGAGGACUUAAGGAUUAUAAGCAGAGAGCGGAAGAAGAAGAGGAAGAGGGGGAAGGAGGAGAAGAGGAGGAAGAGGCCCAGAUCCACUGGAAAGGAGAAGCCAGCUUUUGAAAACAGCAGGGGGGAGGAAGCAACUUGCUGCGAGACGGCAAAAAGAAAUAAAAAAUUAAAAUCUGAUCAGGGUCAAGAGAUGUAAAAAGGGUUAAAGCCGCUGAAGAGCUGAAGUGCUGCCCCUUGGAACAGGGUCCAGAAUGGCGAAGGUCAGAGCAUCCCUCUGGAUGUUCUCCCGAUGCCCAAACCUCUUGGGAGUUCUGGGGUGGCCGGACGAUGCCCGAUUUGCUGCAAAAGAACUUGGAUCUCGUGGGGAGGGGAAGAUGCUCCUGUUUGGGGUGGGUCUCAGGGGCAGCUUUGUCCCCGUCACAUGGAACGGCACCGGAUAAACUCUGCUCCUGACUGGGGUCAUCUGGGCUACGUUCAGACCCCGUUCUUGGAAUGCCCCAGCUGCAGGGAACUUCUCUGGGGGGAAUGACUCUGCCCCCUGCUGCUCGCCCAUGCCCACUGGCCGCCUGGCCCCACCUCCGCUCCAGCCUGGCUCCCCAGUUGAUCGAAGAUGCUAGGGCAGAAAUUGGAUGGGGAGAAGGGGUCAGGGGCCCUUUUGGGCUCAUAGAGGGCAUGAAAAGGAGGGGUGGACGGGCUAUUCCAGGGCAGGUGGGGAAGAACUCGAACGCCACAUUUUUGAGCAUAAUGCUAGGGGAUUUUUCCUUGCCUGGUUGCAGAUACUUGUUCGCAGAAGCUGUUUUUCAUAACUGGCGUGGCACUGGAGGGCCCCUCCUUCGAGAGAAGAAGUCUCUCUCCCCCAGUGCCCCUGAGACAAGGGAAGAGGGUACUGAGAUCAUUUUUGUUCUCCCCAUUUUCUAACCUUAGCAGUAUCGGCAAUAAAUUCAGAGACCACAAACUGGAUGGGUUCGCACAAACGCUCAAUCCUAAACUUACGUUAAGAAAUGGCUGUAUUUAUGUAACAUGCAAUUUCCAAACCAAUAAACCAUUUUGUGACUUCA